GAAUCGAUUUCCAUAUUGUAGUCGGUGGCAACUUUCUUUAGCCAAGUGAUGUCAGCGGUUGGGGGAAACACUGCUGGGCCAGGCGAGGCGGUGGUGAAUGUUUACAUAAACCAUGAAAAGAACUUAGCUUUUGUUGAGAUGAGAACAGUUGAGGAGGCUAGUAAUGCAAUGGCAUUAGACGGAAUUAUAUUAGAGGGGGUUCCUGUAAAGGUGAAGAGGCCUACUGACUAUAACCCAUCCCUUGCUGCAGCUCUUGGUCCGAGCCAGCCUAAUCCCAAUCUCAACUUGGCGGCUGUUGGAUUUUCCUCGGGGUCUACUGGUGGGCUUGAGGGUCCGGACCGCUUAUUUGUGGGUGGGAUUCCAUAUCACUUGACAGAGGAUCAGAUCAGGGAGCUUUUGGAGUCCUUUGGGCCGCUAAGAGGUUUCAACUUGGUCAAAGACAGGGAAACCGGAAACUCGAUGGGAUAUGCAUUCUGUGGAUUCCAGGAUCCUUCAGUCUCAGAUAUGGCAUGUGCUGCUCUAAACGGGAUUAAGAUGGGCGAUAAGACACUUACGGUGAGGCGUGCAGUCCAAGGUGGGGUUCAACCUAAGCCUGAGCAAAAAGAUAGACUACUUCAUACCAAACAGCAGAUUGCUUUGCAGAGGCUUAUGCUACAGCCAGGAGGCACGCCCACCAAGAUUGUCUGUUUGACUCACGUGGUUACAGCUAAUGUUCUUGGAGACGAUAAAGAAUAUGAAGAAAUAAUGGAGGACAUGAGACAGGAAGGUGGAAAACUCGGUAACUUGGUGAAUGUUGUGAUUCCGAGGCCCAAACCGGAUCAUGAUCCAACACCAGGAGUUGGGAAGGUUUUCUUAGAGUAUGCGGAUUUGGACGGCGCAGCAAAGGCAAGAUCUGGGAUGAAUGGAAGAAAGUUUAGAGGAAACCAGGUGGUGGCUGUGUAUUACCCCGAAAACAAGUAUGCGCAAGGCGACUACGAAGGCUACUGAUCUUUCUUUAGUUUCUUUGGACCUCUUAGCAAGAAGUUUGAAUAUAUUUUUUUGGGGUUUUGUUGUACGGAGAUAUUGGUUUGUCUAGAUCAAUUUAGUACUUGUCUAGACACAAUCAAGGUGUGUAUUGGAUAAUGUGAUAAGUCUUUGGUUUCAUUAAA